AUGAUUAUUCAAUCUUCUCCACUUCUGAACAUUUCUCAAGCUAUCAGUAAUACUCAAACAGUCAUAAUGUGUGGAUUAUCCAUUGAUAUUUAUGAAUCAUUCAAUCAAACUCAAGUUACCAUUUGUCCAUAUGUAUUCAUUGAUCGUAAUAAUAUUAAAAUAUUCAAUAUAAGUAUCUCUAUCGAUAGUUUCAAUCAAUUAAUUAUUCAAUCCUAUCCUUCGAUAACUGUACCACCAAAGAUUUCAGUCAAGCAUACUAAUGAAACAUUCAUUUCUCCGUCAAUCAUCACAACCAAUUCCACUUAUUAUCUUACAUUUUCGUCGGAAUUGACCUGUCGAUAUUCACCACAAUACAAUGAAACAACAUGUUUCUAUUAUCCCCAAACAUCGAGUUUUAUCCAUAUUGAAUACGAUUAUGAUGGAAUUCAUGAUGGUACUUUUGAUUUAUUCGAAACAGCACGAAAUAACAUCUCUCGGAUUUUCCUUGUUCUUGCCGUUUUGACUCUCGUCAUCUGUCUAAUUCUUGUCUGGUGGGUGAUAUGUGCACGUCAAAUCAUACUUCGUCAAAAUAAUCAAUUCGAUGAUGUCGCCCAUUCGCAGAUGGAUAAGCAAGAAACAACGAAACAGUCCAAAGUGGAAUCAUAG